AUGUUAGGGAGUAUAUGCUACUGUAACGUGAUUUUGAUAUGUGUAUUUUGUUGUGUUGUAGGUGGAAUAGUUCCGAACUUGACAACUUUUUUGCUGCAGUCUUUCUUAAGCCAGAAAAAGAAAGGUGAAAAAGAUGGUGGUGUUUCUUGUGUGGAGAAAGAGAAUGGCACUGACGUUGCUCAGUCAAGUGCUUGCCCUAUUCAUCAAGUGAAACAGAAAUACUUUGACUUUUCAGAUAGAUCUUUAGAGAUUCUCUACGAAGAGGAGUUAGAUGUGGUGACUGGGGGUCAUUCUGUUUUUGAAAAGCAAAAGAAAUUGCAAGAUUUUGUUGAUGGAGAUGGACCACAGUCUCUGUUGAGUGAACAAUUUUUCGUGGCAGAGCUUUCUGAUAAGGUUGUUCAGCAAGCUAGUGAUGUUAGGAUGCUGAAGAGAGUCAGAAGGGAGGGUAUUGGAAAGUAUAUGCAAGUAGUUGUGUCGAGAUUGUUGUGUAUAGGUCGGACCACGGAGCUGCUAGGUGCCAACGAGAAAGGUGUGUCAGAAAAGAUGGCAAACUUAGAAAAGUUUGUGAAGGAGAAAGAAGGUGUUAUCAUAGAUGUCACUACCAACAUGAAAAAUGAAGAAGAAGAAAUUGCUAAGCUUCAGGAUCAGAUUCGUCUCUUGCAAAGUUAGAUUAAAGAGGAUGAUAAUAAAAAGGGGAAAAUGACGUC